AUGUCGUUCCAUUACCUGAAAUCGCGCACUUUCGUCUUGUUUCUUAUUAUUUUUGCCACUACCAUUCAACUCGCUGCUGCAGCGACAUCCACCAAGCAAUUCAAGCAUUGGUACCCUCAAUAUGGAUGGAUUUUUGACACAAUCAUCAAGGUCAACUGCACCGCAGAAUAUGAUAAAUACUUGACUGGGUUUAAGAACCACUCCGAGAUUGACUAUCUCGGUGGCGGAGGUAUCUACACGGCUAUCACCCAACCGGUCGUCGAGUGCAUUCUCAGUCACACAUCUGAAUACCUCAAGGUCGCCAUGACAGGCGCUCAGGUCUUACUUGGUGUGAUGCCCACCAUCAUUGCUCUCCUCGGCCCCUCACACGACGAGAUCGCCAUGCUUUGCAUUGUUGGUAGAAGACCACUCCUUGCCGCUGGCUUGAGUUUGGCCUCACCCUCGGCAUAUUUUAGCAGGGCGUUUGAGUACUCUCAACCUAUUGAGAUCCUCAGCCACGACAAAAACAGACAUGAGCAAUGGCGCCCAAAGGCGGUCCACUCGCAGCUGUUAAUAUCAGCAGCAGAAUACCUUGUCACCAUGGCAGCUUGCUAUAACGUCUUGGAUAACACUUUGCAAGCCAACCUUCGGGCCGUCUGUGCUUUCUCACCAGAUGCCGACUUCCUUCCAGGAGUAUGGCUGGCUAUUGGCAUCGCUCUUCAUAUUGCAGCCUGUCUUGUCUGUCGACUUCGGCUUCGCGGGUCGAGGACCCGAGGAUCCUCUGCCACUGAGACUUAUGAACAAGAUCCUACUCCGCAAGGGUCGGAACAAAUCAGGACACAAUCGUGGUUAAUAAAGUUUCUGAAGUCCUGGGAGCAGAACUUCAUGUGCUUCAUGCGCUGGAUUUUAGGCAUUGGGCCAAGGCUAGUGAACAUCAUAACCACAACUGAGUUAUUUCCGUGCUGCUCGGAAAAGUAUGUUGUGAAAAUCCACACUCUCCGAGAGACCAAAACGUUCUUGGUCUUGUCUUGGUGGCAAUCUACCAUUACAAUUAUGCACAUUCUCUUUGGUACCCUCGUUUUCUCGGGCAUGCUUUUCGUCGGUACGAAAGACGCCUUGAUGAUUGUUGGAAGGUACAUUGCCGGUGUGGCUAUUUGUCGAGUUAUUCUCAUGUACGAAUUGGCUGGUCUACGACAGAGUUGCAUCGAUGUUGACGGCAUCCCACCCCAAACUCGUGCAAUUCAGAGGCAGCGAUGA